AAGUGGUGAUAAUGGUACUUGCUGAUAAGUGGAGUGUGUUGGAAACAAAGAGGGUUCUGUCCUGUAGACGCCACGUCACAGUGAAAAUGACAGAAACUCAGCAGAAAUACAGUAGAGGUGGUCGACACACCACAGGGGGUCACUGCAGCUGGUCAUCACCUGCUAUACCAGCUUCGCUCGGCUGAAUGUUGGAAAUAUUGUUACACCGUUGCUAUGGUCAAAACAUUUGGCAUCUUAUCGCUAAUAUAUCAGUCAGUUGACGUCUGGUUUCACUUAUCUUAUCUUGUCCCUCUUUUCUCAACUGCAGGCCAGUUGAGGUGUUACCCCCCCCAUCCCACCCCACCUUCUCCGUGGGGGAUGUAUAUAAGAAGGUGGAAUAUGCUUCCACUUCGGUGUCUCCUCAGAGUCUAAGAAUUGAGGUACCAACGAUCCAAAGAAGAUGACCAGACUAACAGUUCUAGCAGGCUUGUGCCUGGUGAUGUGCCACCUGGCAACUGCCUCUCAGAUGGUGUGCUACUUCACCAACUGGUCCCAGUACAGACCUGGGACUGGGAAAUACAUGCCCCAGAAUGUAGACCCCUUCCUCUGCACACAUCUGAUCUAUGCUUUCUCCAUCAUCAACAACAACAACCAGCUGGUCACCUACGAGUGGAACGAUGAGACCCUGUACAAGACCUUCAACGGCCUGAAGAGCAAGAAUCCUGGUCUGAAGACACUGCUGGCAGUUGGUGGAUGGAACUUUGGUUCAUCAAGGUUUUCCAUCAUGGUCUCCACCCCCGCCAACCGUCAGACUUUCAUCCAGUCCUCCAUCAAAUUUCUGAGGACUCAUGGCUUUGAUGGUCUGGAUCUGGACUGGGAGUACCCUGGAUCUCGAGGAAGUCCCCCAGAAGACAAGAGGAGAUUCAGUCUGCUCUGCAAGGAACUGGUUGAAGCCUAUGCAGCAGAGGCCAAAGCCACCGGCAAACCUCAGCUGAUGCUGACUGCUGCAGUGUCUGCUGGGAAGGGAACCAUCGAUGCUGGAUAUGAGAUUGCUGAGAUUGCUAAGCACCUGGAUUUCAUCAAUGUGAUGACCUAUGACUUCCAUGGAGCUUGGGAGCGAGCCACUGGACACAACAGUCCUCUGUACCGCGGCUCACAUGACAGCGGCGACCUCAUCUAUUUCAACACAGACUUUGCCAUGAAGUACUGGAGAGACAAUGGUACUCCAUCUGAAAAGCUGAGGUUGGGAUUCGCCACCUAUGGUCGUACCUUCCGUCUGUCAUCAUCAAACACUGGUGUUGGAGCUUCAGCUAGUGGCGCUGCAUCAGCUGGUCCGUACACACGUGAAGCUGGAUUCUGGGCUUACUAUGAGAUCUGCAGCUUCCUGAAGGGCACCACUGUUCAGUGGAUCGAUGACCAGAAGGUUCCAUAUGCCAGCAAGAACAGCGAGUGGGUUGGGUUCGACACCAAGGAGAGCUUUGAGAUCAAGGUCCAGUACAUGAGGGACAUGGGCUUUGGCGGUGCAAUGGUGUGGGCACUGGAUCUGGAUGACUUCAAUGGAGAGUUCUGUGGACAAGGAAGCCAUCCUCUCCUGGCCCAUCUGCGCAAGCUCCUUGACAUUGAAGCACCUCCUCCAGGUCCUGUGACCACAACCAAAAAGCCUUCUGUCACCACCACAACAACCACCAAACCUGAUGGUACCACCACCACCAAGAAACCCUCAACUCCUGCUCCUGGAGCCGGCUUCUGCAGUGACAAGGGUGACGGCAUUUAUCCCAACCCUGAAGAUAAAACAACCUUCUACCAAUGUGCAGGAGGCAAGACCUAUCUGAAGAGCUGUGGAAGCGGAACCAUCUUUAACGACAGCUGCAAGUGCUGUGUGUGGCCUUAAGGUGGAGCUGCUGUCACUCUGUCAGAUCUCAGGACAUCUUUUCUAUAUGAGUAAAUGAAAAAAAUAUAAAUAAAAAAUAUGGCAAUUUAAAAA